AUGCAUUUCAAGAACACCGCCCUUCUUGCGACGGCCCUGACCGCUGGGUCCGCUGUCGCCCGUCUUCACGGCCACGACCGCCGUCACGCCCACCCCAAGGUUGACGAUGUCGAGAUCCCUGCCGUUGCCGCUCCUGCUCCCACUGAGGGCCCCAAGGUCGAUGUCGAGAAGCGUGGUGAUGAUAUGGUCUAUGCUACCAUCGAUGGUGUCCUGCAGUCCUGGAUCAACAACUGGUUCGGCGAGGUCUCUGAGUCCACCUCCACCUCUACCUCUACUUCCACCUCCACCACCACCACUCCUACCGUCCAAUUCACUGCCUCCCCCAGCAAUGUAGAGUCGACCGUGACUCCUGUCCCUACCUCUGGCUCCGGCUCCAGCUCCAGCUCCAGCUCUGGUUCCAGCUCGGGUGGUAACUGGUAUAACACUCCUUCCGAUGGUCAGUAUUCCAAGGCUGCUUUUGGUGGGGCCAAGGAUACCUCAGGUACCGUCACCGGCAACCUGGACUGGGACUAUAUCGGCAACGUCGGUAGCCCCUGGGGUAGCAACAUCGCCUUGAUUGACGAGGCUGAUGCCAGCUCGUAUAAGCACGUCAUCCGUUUCGAGGGUGCCCACGACGAGCCUUUCAACGUUCUAUUCUGGAACACCUAUGGCCCCAAUGGAAAGAUGGAUGGUUUCUGGAAGCCCAACGCUGCUCUGACCUUUUCCCUGGCUAAGGGCGCUGUCAAGUACGUCGCCAUUGACGACAACUCCCAGGGUGGCUGGGCUGCCGCUCAGGGUGAUAUUCCCACAACCAACUUCGGCCAGUACGCCUCCACCUGGGGUGAGUUCGACAUGAGCAACGAGCGAAACAAGGGCUGGUCCGGAUAUGACGUUUCUUGUAUCAUUGCUCAGCUCAACGACCUCGAUAUUCUGGGUAUGCGUAUCUGUGACCACGCCGGAGAUGACUGCUCCUACAUCGGCAGCGGUCUCCUUGGUGGCCUCCUCCAUGCCUACACCUCCGCCGACCAGGGUGACAAGACCCUCGCCGUCCAGAAGGCGCCCGGCCCCAUCCGUCUGGUUGUCGACCUCGACUACGCCACUUAA